UUACCAACUUUUUUAAUUCUUCUCUUAAUUUUUUUAUCAUUUGAAGAAUUCUCUCAUUUUAUCAAAACCAGAAAUUUGUAUUAUUAUUAUUUUUCCUCCUUUUUCUUUGACAUUUCACAUUUCUCUUGAUUUUCAUUUGUAACUGCAAUUGCCUUAUACCUAAUUGGAAGGUGACAUGGCGAAUGCGGCAUCAGGAAUGGCGGUGAACGACGAGUGCAAGCUCAAGUUCCGGGAGCUAAAAAAGAGGAACCAUCGGUUCAUCGUGUUCAAGAUCGACGAGAAAAUUCAACAGGUGACGGUAGAAAAAGUCGGAGAUCCUCAAGAUAGUUACGAUGAUUUCACUAAUUCCAUGCCUCCAAACGAAUGCCGUUACGCUGUUUAUGAUUUUGAUUUUACAACACAUGAGAAUUGCCAGAAAAGCAAGAUUUUCUUCAUUGCUUGGUCACCUGACGUAUCAAGAGUGAGGAGUAAGAUGGUUUAUGCAAGCUCUAAGGACAGAUUUAAGAGGGAAUUAGAUGGGAUUCAAUUUGAAUUGCAAGCAACUGAUCCAAGUGAGAUGAGCUUGGAUAUUGUUAAAUCCAGAGCUGUCUAAAUUUUAAAAAAAUUAUUGCUUUAAACUAUGAAUUUCAUUAAUGUUAUUGAUGAUUGUAUCUAUUUGAGUUUUAAUUUAUCAAUGGAACAUAAUUCAUUAUAA